UCUGGAUUGCAAUUUGCGAGGAUAACAAAAUAAAAUUUGUAAGACUACGUGUAAGGAGCUUGUUGGAGAUACAGCAAUUUCGUAUUGAACUGCUCGGUCAAUCGACAAAGAUUUCUAAUACAUUAGAGAAAUAAACAGUAAUGGAAUUUCAAAGGAAACGCUCGUGCGCAAACGUAAAAGCUACGCCUGGUUUGUUAAUUAAUUACGUAUCUAAUUGCUCUAAAUAUUAAGAUUCUUGCUUGUACAGAAAAAGAAUAUCAAAUAAAAGUAGUUAAAAAUAGUGAGAGCAAUAUUUCUUUAUAGCAAUAGUUCAAAUUAAUACAAUGUUUAUUGACAUAUCAAACAAUUUCGUUGCCCUUGUAACCGAUUUGCCGAAGUACGUUACAACAAAUUUAUUUGUUCCAAUUUUAAAUGAGGUUAGCUCGCUUAUUAUGUUUAUAUAUAUAUAUUUGUAAUAUUAAUGUUGCAUAUUUAAAGUAUAUUAGAGAGAGAAAGAGAGAACAUUUAAUAUUCCCCAUACGUUAGCGUUGUAAUUAGUAACAAAAAAAUAUCAUAAGAAACACACUUGAGUUUAUGACUUCAUAAGCACGAGUAUACCAACACAGUCACGUGACCUACAACGUGGCAUGCGCACAAGAGUCCUCAUCACAUCAAUGUCAUAUUCCGUCUAUCGUUGAAAGAAGUUGGAAGCUUGUCGAAGGUUCUGAGAACAAGAAAUUGUUGCCACGCUUCUGUGCGGUAACUGUCGGUACAUACGAAAGAGAACGUACAAGUUGAUAUUGUUAAGAUAAAAACAGAAAAGACAUCAUAUGGCACCUGCUUCGGUUUAUUGUGAUUCGAUUGAAGAUAUGGAGAAUAAAACAGAGAAGGAAUGUGAAGGUGAAGUAGAAGAGACUAUUGUACAAGCACAAGGUUCAAAAGAAAAUGAAAAUGAAAACGUGGGAGAACCAUCUAGCGCUCCCAAGGAAGAAAUUAAGGAAUCGAAAAAAACACCUGAAGUCCCAGACUGCUGGCAAGAUGUACUUGGUAAUUGCCAGUUGAUGAAGAAAAUUAUAAAAGAAGGAAAAGAAUGGACCAAACCAGUAAGAGGCGAUAUAUGUACAGUAAAUAUCACAGGUCGUUUUGAGAAUUCACAGAUAACAGUAGAGGAACAUACCAAUCUUGAGAUAAUUGUAGGAGAUGGUGAUAUAGUACAGGGCUUAGACCUGGUGAUUGUAUUGAUGAAUAUAGGGGAAGUGGCUGACGUUAUCGUUGAACCUAGAUUUGCUUAUGGCCUAUCAGGAACCAAAGAUAUACCUGCAGGCACUCCUCUUGUAUACACCGUCGAAUUGUUAACAGCAAGGAGCUUUGAUAUUACGCAGUUCAAUUACUCUCAAAGAAAAGAGCUAGCCCAGAAGAAGCGCUUACGUGGGAACUGGUGGUACGAUCGAAAAGAACUGUAUGCUGCGCUAGAAUGUUACAAAAGGGUACUAGUUCUUACUUCAAUGGAAGAGUUACUAGAUGCAGAAGUGACCCAGAAUAAUAAAGAGGAAAUGUUAAAACUCUCUUUAGUAGUGCGUAACAAUAUGGCAAUGACACAGAUAAGAUUAGGACUGAUUGAUGCUGCUUUAGAGAAUUUAAAUUGUGUUUUACACCAUGAACCAAACAACGUGAAGGCUUUACACAGGAAAGCAAAACUAUUGGCGGAUAAAGGAGAGUGUAAAGAGGCCCAUAAUAUUCUUCUUGAAUUACAAAACUUGGUUCCUCACAUGAAAAUUCUGCAGGUUGAAAUAUCAGCAUUGGCAGACACAAUAGUGGCAAAUGCUAAGAAAGAAAAGAGUUUAUAUCGCAGAAUGUUAGGUAUUAGCGGAAAUGCCAAUUCCAAUAGUGUGCUGAGCAAGAAGAAAGAAGAUAAAAAUGGAAUUAAUAAGAAAAUGUUGUGGAGUGUAGUUGGAGGAGCAUCUGCUGUUAUCUUUAGCAUAAUCGUACACAAGUUCGUUUUAUAAGGAAAAAAAAAGAACAAAACAUGCCGUAAUGAAUUAUUUAAGAAUUUAAGAUUUUACAUUGAAACUUGUUCAGCAAAAUAAGACAGCCUACACGUGUGUUCUUCACAAGUAAAGUAUUAUGUGUUUUGAUUUUUAAAUAUUUUUGACAAGAAAGACAAUAUAUAAUUUUAUACAUGAUAAAGUUUUUAAAUCUGAAAUAUGAGAACAGGUACUGGAGACAUGUAAGUAAUAAGAGUGCAGAAUGUUUUUUUUUUUUAAAUCUUUGAACCAUAGUAUUUCAAAUGUAGUAAUUUAAGUUGAACGAAUCAAAAAUCCUAAUAAAGUAAUGCAAUAUUCACGAGCAAAUUUAUAAUUUAUAAUAGUAACGGCGUAUUUUGAUAUACCGGACAAAAGGGAGUGUACUGUAAGGGAUAUGUACACCGACAUGUCACAAAUAAAAGAAUAAUUUUAAUAAUAAUUUGUGUUUAGUCACUUUAAAAAAGUGCUAUAUUUAAAAGAUUGUAAUAAAAAUUGCAUUGUACUUUAUUACGUAA